AUGGAGCUCGCCCUCUCCUCGCCGCCGCCGCUCGCAGGCAAGACGGUCGCCGUCGUCGGCGGCGGCGUCGGCGGCCUCGUCGCGGCCGGCCUUCUCGCGAGGCAGGGAGCGGCGGUGACCGUUCUCGAGCAGCGGCCGGUUGCCGGCGGCCGGCUCGGCGAGCACCGGCUCGGCCCGGCUGGCGAGUGGCGGUUCGACUCCGGCCCUUCUCUGCUGCUGAUGCCCGAGGUCUACCGAGAGACCUUUGAGCUGCUCGGCGACCCGGAACCGCUCGAGAUGUCUCCGGUCGCCGCGCCCUUCUACCACGUUUUCUUUGGGGACGACCCGGCCGGCACCGCUCCCAUCCAGCUCGACCCGGCGCGGCGGCGCGAGGAGUUCGCCGCCGCGAUCGAGCGUCUCGAGGGCUGGCCUGGCGACUCGAUGGAGCGAUUCGACGCGUACAUGGCCGCCGCGACCGCCGCCCUCGACGGCGGCUGGCCGCUGGCCAUCGAGGAGCGGUGGGACGUUAAGACGGUCACGGCCGUCCUGCCCGCCUUUGCGAGGUCGGCGCUCCGCAACUUCCCCGCCAACCUACCCGUGGGCCAAUCGCACAUGCAGCAGCUCCGCCGCUACUUCCCAACCUCGGACAAGGUCCGCGCCCUGCUCUCCUUCCAAGACCUGUACGUCGGCCUGUCGCCAUACGAGGCGCCCGCCGUCUUCUCGCUGCUGCAGGCGAUGGAGCUGGACGCCGCGUCGUACGGCGUUCGCUAUCCGCGGGACGGGUUCGGGCGCGUGAGGAGGAGGCUGCUCGAGCAGUGCGAGAAGGUCGGCGUGCGGGUGCGAACCGGCGUGGCCGUCACGCGAGUCGAGGUCACCCAGGAGGGCGGGGAGGCGGGCGAGAGCGGCGCUGCUGCGACGGGCGUUCGGAUCGUCGACGGCGAUGGCUCCGAGUCGAGCUUCGCCGCCGACAUCGUGCUUUGCAACGCGGACCUGCCCGCCGCGGAGGAGGCGCUGCUGCCGCCACACCUCUCCAGGGCCGACAAGCUGCGGUCCGCCGCCUCCUCCUCCUCCGUGCUGUCCCUCUCCUUUGCCCUCGACGCGCAGUUUGCCGACGCGCUCGCGCACCACACCAUCGUCUUUGCAGAGGACUUGGGCCAGGCGCCGUGGGAGUCGCUCUUUGGCGCCCGCCGGGCCUCGAGCUUCCUGCCCGUGGCCGCAGCCCCCACCUGGGCCCCGGGCCAUUUCUACGUGCACUGCCCGACGAGGACCGACCCGACCGCAGCUCCUGCCGGAUGCGACGCCAUCACGGUUCUCCUCCCGACGCCACCGCUGCCGGUCGGCGCCUCCGAGGCGGAGGCCGAGGCGCUGUCCGACGUGUGGGCGGCGGCGGGGCGGGCGUCUGUCGUCGAGCGGCUGGCCCGCUUGCCUGGCAUGGCAGGGUGGCAGCAGAGCAUUCGCCACGAGUCCGUCAUCCCGCCGGCUCGGUGGCGGCGCGAGUACGGCCUCGCUCGCGGCGCCGUGUUUGGCCUCGCCUCCAGCCUCAACCAGCUCUCCUUCCUCCGGCCCGGCCCGCGCCACCCGAGGGUGCGCAACCUGUACUUUGCCGGCGCCUCCGCGCGGCCAGGCAACGGCGUGCCGCUGGUCAUGUGCGGCGCCAGGCAGGUGAGCGAGGCCAUCGCGCGCGAUGCGUGCGGCGGGUGAGGGACGCGGCGGCCGUGUCGCCUUUCAGCGCCACCACGGGCACCACACCGGCAGGGCGCCACGGGCGGUCGCCACAGC